ACGUGGUCUGGGGCCAAACUCCCGCCCGGAACAGUCAUUUGUCAACACUGUUGUCCUGCCGCUGCUCUCACCGGUGUGCGUGUGUGUGUGUGUGUGUGUCUUUGUGUCCUCCUUCACUCUCCGUUAUCGCCUCAAAUGGCAGCAAUUAGAUACACGGACGCAGACGUUGAGGAUAUCAACGACGAGGAGCUCGAGAAGGCUCUGUGCGUGCUGGCGGGAAGCGACCCAGAAAACUGCUCUUAUUCCCGGGGCUAUGUGAAGAGACAGGCUGUGUUUGCCUGCAACACCUGCACUCCCAGUGCUGCAGAGCCUGCAGGGGUUUGUCUGGCCUGUGCCAAUAAAUGUCAUGAUGGACACGACAUCUUUGAGCUGUACACCAAAAGGAAUUUUCGCUGCGAUUGUGGAAAUAGCAAGUUUGGGGGAUUCACUUGCCAGCUGGCUCCUGCCAAAGAUGAGCAAAACGCCAGAAAUCACUACGGCCACAACUUCAACGGCUGCUACUGCACGUGUGACCGGCCGUAUCCAGACACAGACGACCAGACCAACGAUGAGAUGAUCCAGUGUGUCGUCUGUGAGGAUUGGUUCCACAAUAGGCAUCUGGGCUGCACCGUAGCGGAUCCCGAGGAGCUGCAGGAGAUGGUCUGUGAGGGCUGCAUGAACAAGGCUCCUUUCUUGUGGACGUACGCGGCGCACUUCGCAGCACCACCUGUGAUCAGCGUCAGCCAUCCCGAGGACGAAGAUGUCGAAGUCGAUGUGGAGGAAGGAGCAGAGAAGGACGGUGACUCUGAGCCCAGUCAGAGCAGGGAGGAGGAACCGACCACCAGCACCGAGCACACAAAGCAGGAGGAAGCGGAAAACAGGAGUCCCCCUUGCAAACGGACCCAUGGUGAGAUGACGGGCAGCACCGCGAAGGCCACGACCAAAGUGGUGACGUGCAGGCUGAAGGAGCUGCAGGUCCAGGGGCCGGAGAGGCUGAGACAGGGAGCCGUUUUCUGGCCUUACAGCUGGCGCUCCGAGCUCUGCACCUGCACAAGCUGCAAGAAAGCCUAUGUGGCUGCAGAGGUGCAGUUUCUCAUGGAUCAGUCUGACACCGUCCUGGCCUACGAGAACAAAGGCAUGGAGGAGCCGUUUGGGCAGCACCCGCUGAUGGCGCUGACGAGCUCGAUGGACCGUGUACGGCAGCUGGAGGUCAUUUACGGUUUCAACGAGCUGACAACUUCGAUCAGUGCAUUUCUAGAGCAGUGUGCUGCUGAAGGAAAGACAGUCACAGUUGAAGCCGUACACAAGUUCUUCGAGGAGCUGCGGGCCAAGAAAAGACGCCGAACCAGUGCAGGAUACCAGUGACAAGGAGGCCAAGCUGCUAUCGUAUGGUGCUUUGAAUGUAUGCAGAACUUAGGGACGACCCCUUUUUCCUUUGCUGAAUAAAAGGGCUUCUCGCUGCAACCAAUGUGAUCCUAAAGCUUGAAUAAUUAGUGCAAAGAGUAGUGACUUGGGGUUAUUGUUGUAAAGGGUUACUGCCGUGGGUUUCUGGUUUACCGUUUCAUUCAUAUUGAAUUAUAAUGAUGCCUUAACUUUGAAGCUCCUAAUUAAAGUUUACUUGAGACAUUAAUGGACAAAAUACAUUUUUUUUCAGCACUGUAUUGCUUUAAAAAGAUUAAACCGUCUUGACAUGUAACAGUACUUCACGUGACCAUGAUGCUGCCAUGUGUACGAGUUUAUUACACCACCGUGUGUUUAAAUUCUUUCUUCUUGUUUGUAAAAGUGUAUUGAGGAAAUGUUGCCGAUUUAUGUGAAGUCAUGUUCCAAAUAAAGUUCUCACAUGU